ACCCGGAAGCGCGCCGGGGCGGUCGCCGUCAGCGGCUCGGUGGAGGGAGCAGCGUUCCGCGGCCAUGGGCGAGCCUGACCCCCGCUACCGCGGCUCCUCCAUCGAGGACGACUUCAACUAUGGCAGCUGCGUGGCCUCGGCCAGCGUGCACAUCCGAAUGGCCUUUCUAAGAAAAGUCUACAGCAUCCUUUCUCUUCAAGUUCUUUUAACUACAGUGACAUCUACAAUAUUUUUAUAUUUUGAGUCUAUGCGGACAUUUGUACGUGAAAGUCCUGCCUUACUUCUGGUAUUUGCCCUUGGAUCUCUGGGUUUGAUUUUUGCAUUGACUUUAAACAGACAUAAGCAUCCUCUUAACCUGUACUUGCUUUUUGGAUUUACACUGUUGGAAGCUCUGUCUGUGGCCUUUGUUGUUACUUUAUAUGAUGUAAAUGUUGUUCUGCAAGCUUUUAUACUGACUACCGCAGUAUUUCUUGGUUUGACUAUAUAUACUCUACAAUCUAAGAGAGAUUUCGGCAAAUUUGGAGCAGGACUGUUUGCUGUUUUAUGGAUUUUAUGCUUGUCAGCAAUCCUGAGGUUAUUUUUUUAUAGUGAGACAAUGGAACUGGUUAUGGCUGCUGUUGGAGCACUUCUUUUCUGCGGAUUUAUCAUCUAUGACACACACUCACUGAUGCACAGGCUGUCACCUGAAGAGUAUGUAUUAGCUGCCAUUAACCUCUACUUGGAUAUCAUCAAUCUGUUCCUGCACAUGUUGCGCUUUUUGGAAGCAGUCAAUAAAAAGUGAUUGAAAGCAGGCCCCAGGGCCUCCCUGGUGUCUUAGGGUUUAAGUCUCAGGGCUAUCACCCCUAUGGCCUGAGUUCAAUCCCUGCUAGGGAGCUAACACACAUACGGAGCAGCAGACCUCUCCUUAACAGUGUAUUUCAGUAAAUGCACUGUUCUGCACCUCACUAUGUCUCUGAUGAAUCCUCUUUACCUGCCCUACACCUCUUAUCUCUACCCUAUUAUAUGUAGUGUUAUAAAAUGAUUUAUUACUAAAAAUUAAAGAUAUAUUUCAAAGUCAGAUAUUUUGACAUAAAAUGUGUUAUAUUCUGCGCUACCAGUGAUUAGGACUUUGCAGUGAUCUGAAUGUUUAUGUCCCUCCAAAAUUUAUAUGCUGAAAUCUAAUGCCCAGUGUGACAUAUGAGGAGGCAGGGGUUUUGGGACAUGCUUAUUAGGUUGUGAUGGUGGUGUGUUCAUGAAUGGGAUUAGAGCUUUUUAUAAAAGAGACCUCGCAGAAUCCCUUAUCCCUCUGCCAUCUGAGAUUAUAGUGAAAAGACAGUCUGUGAACCAGGUGGGCCUUAAUUAUACACCUAAUUUGCUGGCACCUGAAUCUUGGUAUGUUCAGCCUCCAAAGCUAGGGGAAACCAAUUCUAUUGUUUAUAAACUACCCAUUCUCUAGUAUUAUGACAGUCUAAACAGAUUAGGAUUUCAUCAUAUAAAUUCUAGAAGGGUACAACUCAAACCAUAACACAUAUUAAUCUAAAACUGGUGAGUUUUAGAUUCAGUUGGAUUCCAUCAUAAUCAAUUGUUGAAUACCCAAUUGCAUGAUGUUAUUACUCAAGUAUAACAAGUAUAGUGAGUGGGGGCUAUUAGAUUGGAAUCCUUACUAUGCACUGUUGAUUAUAAUAUGACAAUGGCAAGUUAUUUAUCUUCCUUAUGUUUUUUGCAUUAUCUUAUGAUGGGAAUAAUACCUUAUUGGGUUAAGAGGAUUAAAUGAGAAAUACAGAAAGUUAAUGCUUAAUGUCAGAUGAAAAGUAUUAUUACUGUCAGUCUAAAUUUAAACAAAAUCAGAUUUGACAUUUAAUAAAAGUAAAACUGCCAUGAUUUUCAGUAAAUUAUUUUUUGGUUUAGGAAAUAGUUUAUUUGAAAAAUAAAAAUGUAGACAAUGAAUCAUCUUAAAAUGUCAGAUUUUUGUAAAAGUUAAGAUUUCUGAUAGGACAUUUUUAAAUUUUUAACAAUGGUAAAUAGAUAAGAUCAAGAACUUUGAAAACCACUGGUAUAGUGUAUUAUACUUUGUAAGAGAACUAUAGUUAUUCAUAUGUUGUGCUGUCAAUGAAUUUUAUAGAUUGCUCAUUUUUAGCAUCACUAUCAGUGCUGCUAUGGGAUGUCUCUGUGUGCCAAUGUGCACAAAGAUGCCUAGGUAGGGGAUAUACCUAAAAGCAGAAAUGCUAGAUGAAAGGGGAGAUAUGCAACUUAAAUUUUUUAUAUCAAAUAAAGGUGCAAAUAUGCAAAGAUCAGAAGUAUUAAAAAAGUGUUGACAGGAAUUAACAGAGUGAUAGCAACUUUACAAGCAAUGUAUAAAGUACAGUCAGAGAGGCGGCAGGAGGAAAACAAGGAAAGAGCAGUAUCUGAGAACUUUUUAUUGAAUGUAAUUUGGAGAAAAACGAGCAACGGGCCCUGCCUCCCUGCCAUCAUUUCUUUUCUGCAGGCUUCAGAUCUUGCUUUGAUCAAUUUGAUGCAUUUUUGGGGAUGAGUGUAUCAGCAGCCAGUUGUGGGCUUUUUUGGAGCAGCUGGGAACUUAGCUUCUUUUUGCUGGUAGGGCUCUGUCUCAAAGUCUGUCAUUUCGGGCCUGGGCAACAAUAUGAGGUUACCAUCUGAAUCCCAGGAUAUUUCCUAAUAUCUACUAAGGGCCUAUACUGAUCAAGGGUUCCAUGAGAGAGGCCUGAACUUACUUGUAGCAUCCUUUAAGGUGGAGAACCAGUCCACUUCCCAUCAGGUAUUCAGAGCUACCUGCUGUCUCCAGUUCCAUAAGCUCCUUCCAGCUCUCUGUGGGAGAGAAGCAAUGCCCAAUUUGACCAGUAAGCCUUAGCCCUUCCUCUGGGCUUAAAGUAUACUGAAGGCUUUAGUUUGGUUCCUUUCAUCUUUGUAUUCCCAUCAUAUUACCUAUCAAAGUGAAAACUCAAAUAUAUGAAUUAGGGCUUUUUAAAUAUACCAAAGCAAUUUAUUAUUUCUUGUAUAAUAGAACUGCGUUAUGCAAACUAGUGAGGACCAUGUGUUAAAAAGGGAGUUUUCAAUAAUGACUUUUCAAAUCAUCAGAAAUGCUGAACUGGGGGUAUACUUAAUAUUGAUAUUUUCAUAAUUGAUGUUAUUUUUCUCUCUUCUGGUACCACAUGUCUAUUCAAAAGUCUUGACCUUCUAUUUUAAGCAAGAUGCUGACAAUUAGGACUAUCAAGCGAGCUUUCUCUAAAUUAGAGUGCAAGGUGAACUGUAUUGGAGAGACAACUAAGAUCUAAUAUAUGGUUAAUCUGGUAAAACAGAAUUUCACUUACUCUGUAAGAACCUAACCUAUUUAAAGAAAACAGACUUCUCAAGCAUGCUUUUUUAUAUGUUAAGUUAUGAGCGAUUUCCUGUUGUUAAAAAAAAAAAAAAAACAGUGUAGUCUAAGUUUAGUAAUUUAGAAUGCAGGAUUUCUUCAAGGGUACAAGUUUAGCGACAAAAGAUCCACAAAAUGUCUCAGAAAGAAAUCUCGUUUACUAACAACCAGAAAUAAAUUUACUAGGUCGUUAUUAACAAUUCAUUUUCCCGGUUUUUUUCUUUUUUUGGUAUGUUGUAAAUCUCUAGAAAACACUGCUUAAGAAUAGUACUGUGCAUGUUCGAAAUUACAAUGUAAAAAUAAGAGCUCCCAUUUGUCGAAUGUAUUAUCUAUAAUCAAUUAAGUUUUAUUAGCUUCAUUCUAUGGACAAGGAAAUUCAGACUGUGGGACACAUUAAUUAAUACAACACAGACAUGGUUGGAACCUAGUUUGGUCACUUUACCCUUUUGUCUUUGAGAUGGGGAAGGAUUUUUUUUUUUUUGGUACCAGCUUUGAGGUAGAACACAUAAUAAACAAGACGUAUUAAAGUCCAAUUGGAUACGUUCUGACGUGUACUGCCUAAUUCCGGGAGACCAUGACCCACCUGCGCUCGGGGAAUUUAAGGACCGUUAAUAAGGAUAAUCUCAAUUCGGCCUCCGGAAGGACACUCCACCUGGAAUGUUGGGGCUCAAGGAAACCAUGACCAG